CCGACAUGGGCCUCGGGGAUUGAGGGAAAUUUCCCACUUCACAAGACUAUUGUCCAAGUCAUGCCGCUUGGAACAAAGGUCCUCUCUGCAGUCUCUUCUGGUGUGUCUGUCUGGGCAAAGACUGCCAAGAUCUCUGUCAUGGAGCCAGACGGCAGUCCAAAAAGAUAUUUUCUCAAGGUUGCAUCAGGCUGGAGCGCUAAAGCCUUGGUUGAAGGCGAAUACGAAUCGCAGAAUGCCAUCGAGGAGGCCGUAGGUCCAGGAUUUGGGCCGAAGGCUCGAGGAUGGGGAGAGUUCGACGUCGGCGGCACUCACCACUACUUCUUCUUGGGAGACUUCCAUGAUUUGGAUAUGGCUACAGCUCCGGAACCUGCUCAGUUUGUGGAGAAGAUAGCACAGCUCGAUCAGAAUGGAAGGUCGCCGAACGGAAAGUUUGGAUUUCAUUGUCCCACGGUCUGCGGCAUGAUGCAACGGACAGUACCCUGGGAAGAGAAGUGGGCUGACUCCUUCACUCACUUGCUUAAGGAUGUCAUCAGGUGUGACAAUGAUGCCAAUCCUCCGUGGCCCGAAUACGAUGUUGUCUGCCAAAUUACUAUAGACAAGGUUAUACCAAGGGUCCUAGGGGCUUUGCAGUCAGACGGUCGAUCUAUUGAACCCGUAUUAAUACAUGGCGACGUCUGGGAACAGAAUGUUGGAAUUGAUAUGGAGACGGGCGAAACCCUGGUCUUCGACCCUGGUUGCACGUACGCUCACAACGAAAUGGAAUUCGGAACUUGGAAAGGCUCCUGGGCCUUAUAUUUCAACAAUCCGAUAUACCAGCGACUGUACCAGUGCCACAUCCCACCUUCCGAGCCAGCAGAAGAGUGGGAUGAUCGCAAUCGGAUUUACGCUCUCCAUAUCAAUAUCAAUGAUUCUGCAGGACAUCCGGGGAGCACAUCAAGGCAAGUUGCCUAUAACGAUAUGUUGUACCUAAUUGAGAAAUAUUUCCCAGAUGAAGCGGAGGGCCUCAAGAAAUAUGAUCCUCAGAAGGAUAUCACUGUUACAGGGGCCUAUGUUCCACAUGUCGUACACCAGUUAGAGUGAAAAGGAAUCUCUGAAAAUAUAACAUGUUCGACGAGUGAGUAGUUCACUGGGAAACAAACAAACCCAACUUAGUAAUCAUGUUU